AUGCCUUCAAAUCUCGGGGUUAUCGAGAUCCCCGCCCUCACCAAGGUGACAUGGGACGUAUGCAACCAAUGCCAAAUCCUCGCGAAGGAUGCUCCCACAGGACUCCAAAGGCUAGUAACUGAGCUGGGCUCGUUACAAGGCACUUUGCGCGCCAUCUCCGACGAUGUGAGCUCCAACUCAUCUUUCUUUGAGAAGAUGGAUGAGGAUCGCAAACAGACCUUCGAACGAACCCUCGGUACUUGUCUCGCGACCCUACAGCGAUUGAAAGAGCUCCUUGCCCGGUGGAAGGGGUUUGAAACUGGCGAUGGAAUGGUCUUCUGGCAAAAGAUCAAAUGGGCGACACAACGAACCCAGAUUGAGGAUAUCAGAUCUAGGAUCAUGGUGCACACUUGCAAUCUGAGUCUAUGUUCAAGCUCUAAAGGGAAUGUAUCGCUUUCUCCUAUAGAGAAAACAAUGGUUCUAGCGAUGGAAGAGGAUGAACAGGUUGUUCUCAGCACGGAGGCAUCACCUGUUCGGGAUACAGACUCUGUUGUCUCGCCGAUGAGCCCAGCCCUUGGUGUGGUAGAGCUACCAGCUAAUAACGAAGAGGAAUGCGAAAUCGAUAUAAUCCAGGACGUCCGCGCCAGAAUGUCGGAUUUAGCUAAUAAUAGAAGCUCUGUGAGUAGCAGCAGCAACGUCAAAUAUACAUCCACAUCCUCCGAAUCGGCGAUGACCCAAUCCGAUGAUUCGCUCUUCAACAGUACCCCGGCGACUUCUUGGUUAUCCUUGGACACCUCACCAUUCCUAUCUACUAGGGGUCGAAUAAAUUAUACACGGAUCCGCAGUGAGCAGCUUCUCUUGGGCGGUUCGAUCGACGGUCGGACACUUGAUGGUGGAAUAUGGGCGAACGAGUCCGACCUGGCGGAGAAACAAGUCGUACAUCACAAAAGAUCCUACUCUGAUGCUGAAUACGGCCAUCCGUGGGUUGUCGAGGCCGUGACAUCCGCUAUGCAAAAUCUUCGUGAGGUUCGGCACCAGGAGCAUAUCUCACGGCCAAUACGUUUUGGGCCACAGAAUGAAUUACAUAAACCAACUGCGGAAACAUUGAAAAUAUUCGAAGCAUCAGUCAAUGACGGUUUGCAGAUCACAAGGCUACGAACAAGAGAUUGGCUUCGCGUGGCGACUUGGUGGUUGUUGAAAGCGCGCACGACAUUAGCAAAUUGCAACAGACAUAAUUAUGUCAGUGCCCGUGGUAGUCUGAGUCCCUCCAUAGAAUCCAGAUCGACUAGUCACCAAGCUUAUCUUGACCUCCUCAAGGCUUCAUAUAUUCUGUACGAUAUUGUUCUGGAGGAAGAAGCCACCUCUUCUCCUCUGAUUGAUGAGGAUCGAAAGUCAAUUGUCGAGGUUUCCGAUGGUAUCAACGAGGAACUUUCCCAAUAUACUUCAGUCGACAUCCCCGAACCGUCGAACCUACAUGCCCAAAACCUUGCCAUUUGGGAGCCUAUGCAGCCGGAGGAAAUCUGGGAUGGCGGCAUUGAUCUAGAUCUUGGGUUGGAUAAUUUGCGCUGGAUUGCUGUUGAUUUAGAGGAUGCAGGUAACGAACAGGAAAAGGUCCUCUACCGCACUUUUGUCAAUGCCAGCAUCGGGGGCAAAAGAUCUCGCAUGCGCACCAAGGGUGCUCCCUACAUGCUCUUGCUGGCAACACGGGAAGGUGAAAGUGAGCCAAAAAUUAUUCUCUGCAACCAAAGUGGUAGUCUGUGUCUUGAACGAGACUUCGUACUGGAUGAUCUACCGCCCCUUAUUCAAUUAUCAAAUGCCGCUUUGACUGGCUUCCCCGGAGCUCGAGUCUCAGAACCUGUCCCAUUUAAAUUUGAGGAUAUGAGCGUUUCGAUAUCAUUCCAGUCUGAUGGAGAUCUCGCGCAAUUCAUCAAUAUUCCAAAGGCUUACUUUGACGCUGUAUGGCAGAGAGAACUAGUUGAUGCAAGCGAAUCUACCGAGAGCGUUAUUUUCAAGACUUCGGUGGAUAUGUUCGAGCAACUGAACACGCCAACCAUGAAAUCAUUGAACCCGCCUGUCGUGGUCAAAUCGUGCGAGGUGCGCAUUCUGGAACGCUCUUUUGGGGAAGCCUGGCGGUCUAUCCGACGCAUGGUAAUUACUUCCUCUGCUGCCGAGAAGUCUCCAGGGACGAUGGAACUUUUCAUGCCUCUCAGUGGAAUUCAGAUCAACCGAGGAAACAUGUCCCGCCAAGUGGUCUUACAGUGGUCCGACACAUGCCAAGCGCGAUCUGACAAGACCGAUGGCAGUUAUAACACCCUGCACUCCUACGUUUACGACGACACAGCGCCAAAUAUUGGUGUCGGUCUACAAUUCCACUCAUAUCUAGAGGCGUGGGAUUUUGAAAAAGCCGUCCUAGAGAUGAACUUCCGUCCGGAGUUCUCAUGGUCGCAACCCUGUGGAUCUGGUCUCGUCUACAAUGUGGUUGAUGCAGGCACUGAGCACAAGCAAUACAAAGCCGUGCUGGUAUUUCGAACUCGUGCAUCAUGGCGAUAUUCAGACCUGUACUAUAUAUAUCGUGACGCCGACUAUGAAUACGACCACUCCUUGUUCAGGAUCCAUUUCCCUCGCAUCUACUCCACAGACUACAUCUCAACUCACGUUGACCAGCUCUACCAUCCAGAGACACCCGUCAAUUUCUCCCAUUGCGACAAGAAGACCAGCCAGACAACCAUCGAGUUUGGCAACGACCUUGUAGCCCGCUCAUUCCUCAGCUCCCUCUCUCCUCUGUACGAACUCCUCUACUCCCGGCGGAUCCAGUCCCUAUCAACGAAAGGCAAUUCACUCUUCGGGUUCCAGAUGUCCGGCAAGCGCAGCGCCGAGAUACAACUAUGGCGUCGGGGAACGGCUUUCCAAUUUGCCGCACGGUGGGAUGAUUCCGACUCGGACAAGUGGCUAACCAUCUCUGUUCCAUCCGAGUUCAUCGAUUUCUCAAAAGAGAAUACCCGGCUCACCCUUCCACGUCUUCCAUACUUGCGUGGCAUGACACUUGAUAUGAUGAAUGUCAUGGCUCGGAGCCCCAAGAAUUCCAAUGCCAAAAAAAAAGAGGGUGCCAUCUCGAUUUCUUUUCAAAUAAGUGAAGGUCAGCCUGCCCCAUCCCUUUUGGAACUUAAUCUUAAGUUUUUAUAUCAUACUAACCAAUAUCGAAAUAAAUAA